GUGCAGGGGCGGAAGGGAGUGCGGAAUGGCGGUAAGAGGAAGGAACGAGCAACGCGAGACUGCCAGCGCAGCACUGAGGCGGAAAGAGAGCAGGGUCGCGAAGAAAGACAAUAACAUCGAGGAAGGAGGAACGUAUGGCUGCACUCGGCGCAUCUCAGAAGCUUACCAUGGUUCCAUUUCGGCCCACCACACUAUCGCCACGGGGAAUAUCACCACCAGAAUUCCAUAACGCUACUCAUCAUCACUACGCGUAUUCCCAGCCCACACCUAUUACUCCAUCUCCGUUACCGACCGCUCCUUCCUACCACCAACGUCCCGCUCUGCCCAUCCGCAAUGCCGCCGCUCCCCGCCCACGACCCGUCUACUUCGCCGCACGCACAUCCCAUCCACCUCACAACUUUACACCCGACGACCUGGGACGCGUUAGAAAACGUGAUCGAAUUUCUUAUAGCGUCGUACUGCUUGUGGGCGGCCUUCUAUCUAGUCUACAUCACCGUGUGCUCGGCGGCAUGGUGCGGACGGAGGAUCAAAGACGUUGUAAAUCCGAUGAGAAGGACAGCACGAGAUAGAACAAGGAGAAUAGACGGGAAAGGGGCGAGGUAUACAGAUGAUAUUGAGUGCGACGUAAUUAGAAGAGAUGCGGAGAUUGAAGAGUCGAUUGCGAGACUGCGACGCCG